AUUGAUUCUAAAAACAUGAAAAUAAAUGUGUUAAUAAAACAAAUUUUUGUACGGUGAGUUUAAGGUGCCGUUUAAAGUGAUUUUAAUAACGGCAAAGAAAAUACACGAAAGGGAUUAAUAACAAUAAAAAAAGUGAUUUUAAAAUAGAUUACAACAUAUCACCUGAUGAUGUAAAUUGAAGGAAAUUGGAUAAAUUGAAAAACCAAUAACCGAUAAUGUAACGCGAAAACAUGGAGUUAGUAGGAAAAAUGUAACGUUUUUUCAUUUGAAACGUUCCAAUGAGUCCGAACGACCCAAUGGCACGAUGUUGGGUGGUCAACUCUAACCUCCAAUUAAUAUGAUAGUUGUUGUCGUUCUGCUAUUAUAUUGUGCCCAAAUAGCCGUUUCAAUGCCCGUUGGUGCGGGCGUCCCGGAGAACAUAACGCUUACGUUUUUAACACCAACGUCGUUACGCGUGUCCUGGGAUACAUCCGUGGAUCACGUGGAUAAAUACGACGUGUCUUAUAAACCCACUGAUGCCAGUUACAGGGUUGUUGCUAUGGUCGCCGGUAAUUCGGAUGCCGUCACCCUCAGCGGAUUAAAACCGGACACCCAGUAUCAGCUCUUUGUUAUAGCGGUCUGGAACGGCACCAGAUAUAGAAGUAGACCGAUUGUCUUCCGAACGAUGGAGUUACCAAUGACGACAGUCACGAGCACUUUAGCUACUGAACCGUCCACAAAUCCAACUCCGACGAGCAACGAACCGUUCGAACACGUAGAGUAUCCGCAAACAAGUUCCACGGUUCGUGGUGUAGAAAUAGGCAUAGUUCUGUUGGUAAUGGCCGUUUGGGUAGCCGCAAUAGCAUUAUUUUUCAAUCGUUGGGGUAAAAUCCGAAUGUUAUUACCUUACCAACCGGAUUACAAGCAGGAACAGCUCAAAGUGCCCGGAACUGCAGCUUGUGCGGCAGCCGUAGCCGCCGGAAACACGUGUAUUCAUCAAUCUAGGGAAAAAGUCUGUUCUCAACCUCCAAAAAACCAUCGAGAACGUAUAAAUUCAGCAAUUUUCGUAUCUAAUAGCGGUCCAGGUUUCGAUUCGAAAGAAUUCUUCAGGCGUCACGGUUCCAUUUCGAGAUUGUGCCGUCGCGCGAAAAGCGUCGAUAAUCUCUCCGUGGACGACGACGACGACGAACUUCAUUUUGGCCUUCCGAUGUUGUCCAUUUCGGGUCCAUCUCCGCCCGAUCGUGAUGACACCGACUGUGAAACGGACAGGUUCAUCAAAUAAAUAUUCGUAUUUCAAGAUUUUCCCCUUAAAUGUAUCAAGUGUGAAUGAGGGAAACUUAAAACGAUUUUUAACCUUCCUAAAUAACAUCACUUUUUUUUGUUUAUUCUACUCGUUUCUACUUUGUGUUGUUCACGUGUUAGAAAAAGAAAUGAUUUUAUUAGUUCCUUAUUAGCUAUUGUGCCAAUUUGAGAGACUAUUUGUUUUGUUAAUGUUUAAAUGCACGAUUUUUAAACGUAUUUUUAAUUGAAGUUAAAGGUAAUUUAAGGAUUUUUAAAUAUAGGUCAAAAGAACUGUACCAAAUAACAUCAACUAAUUUUUAGUCGUAUGCGCACAACGAUCUAAGUUUAUAAAUAUAAACAUUUUUAUUUUAAUCUAGGUGAGGUAAGAUUUAAGAAAAACUAUGUUAAUAAGUAAAAACAGCAUUUAUCCACGAUUAUGAGAAAAUGUACAAGAACGUUCACAGUUUAAUGGUUGUCCACAAUUUAAGGAACACGCCAAAUUAACGGUUUUAUUUUUGUAAUGGGUACAUUUUAUGAUAAUCGUUGACAAAGCAUUUGAGUCGCGAAUCAUUGAAUAAUGACUUAUUGAAUAAUGUACUGUUAUCAUUAAAAAACAUUAACAAUUUUCCUCUUAAAAAUGUUAGUUAAAGUAAAAGUAAAAAGAGUUAAAAUAGGGACCAUAAAACAUAAAAAUAAAUUGAACAUUUGUAUAUAGAUGUUAAAAAAGCUGCUUUAAAUUAUAAAUCGAAGCUUUACUGAAUUGAAUUGAAAGUCUAGAAACGUACCAAGAUCCUUCCUUUUUUUUUAAUUUAAAAGAUUUAAAUAUCUUAAUAAAAACAAUGUGUAAUAUUAACUUAAAGUAAAAAUAAAAAUAUUUAUCUAGACUUUUGAUUCACACCCGUUUCAUUAUUUGUCAAUCUAUUAGUGACGUUUUUACACUAAAAUGUGUCAAUUAAGACGAGUUUAAUAUAAAGUAAUUGCCUUCUUUCGGGUCCAAGUCUCGUUCUUUACAUAUCCAAUUAAAUUUGUGUUUUUAACUUUUAUCUAAUAUCCAAAAAACCUAUUUUGAAUUUUAAAAUGAUUGGUAUAUUAAGAAAAUCUUGUAUGUUUUGUUUUUAAAUAUAUUACUGUGAUUCUAAUGCCUUCAUCUAAAUAAACAAAUUACAAUUAUCGGUUAUAAACCACCAACCAAAAAUGUAUUUGGUUUAUAAACUCCUUUACUAUUGUAAUAUACUGUAAAUUGCGGAUUAUUCACCUUACUUCUUUUUCUCAUUGUGUUUAUGGCAAUGCAAUAAACGAUUAAAAUACCA